ACUUUGUCGUCGACCCAGUUAGGCACUAUACCGCUUUGGUAAAGAGAGAAGAGACGUAGACUUAAUCUGAACAAAGUUAGUUUUUGUUUACAAAUAAUUAUUGCAUUUAUUUCACUGAGACAGAAUCAAACCCUUGUUAUUUAUUACCAUUUCAAAACACAUUAUCCAUUGAUCAUAAUAUUAAGUCAUAAAUCAAAGUGGAGCAAUUAGAAAUAAUGGAUAAUAGUGAGAGUGGUGAUGAAAUGGGUGGCUCAUUUCUGGACAACCAGAGUUACUUGGUACAUGGAGAUGAUAUCGAUGAUGAGGUGCUAACUGCAGAUAACACAGAUGACUCAAACCACGGUGGCGACAAAUCCAACUGUCCACUGAGAGAACAAGACCGAUUUCUUCCCAUUGCCAAUGUAGCUAAAAUUAUGAAGAAAGCCAUCCCAGAAACUGGCAAGAUUGCAAAAGAUGCCCGCGAAUGUGUCCAGGAAUGUGUAUCAGAGUUUAUCAGUUUUAUUACAAGUGAAGCAAGUGAACGAUGUCAUAUGGAGAAGAGAAAAACAAUCAACGGAGAAGAUAUUCUGUUUGCAAUGACCACUCUUGGAUUCGACAAUUAUAUAGAACCUUUAAAACUUUACCUUCAAAAAUAUCGAGAGGCUACAAAAGGUGGAGACAAACCUCUUGGUGUUAACGAGAUGUACGAAGAAUUAGGAGAGGAUGCUAUUUACAAUGCCCAUCCGAUUUCUGGUAACUUGUUGGCCGAUCAGAAUGGACAAACGGAGACCGUCAUAUACGCAACCACCUUUCCUGAACAAAUUCAACAAUACCAUAUGGUUUGAUGAAUUAUUUUCGUCUCUAAGGAGUCAACAACUUUCAUCGUAUUUGCCCAAAUUUUGUGCUUUAACGUUUUCCUUUAUUUCGGAGAUUUUGAAAAUAAUUUUAGGUUUUGAAGCUUACAAAUGUACAUUUGAGUUGAUAUUUAUUAAAUAUUUCUAGUCCAAUUCCUCUACUCAUCGCCGCAUCAAACGAUGACCGGACGCCUCGCAACUGGUCUGCUGUUUCUAUACUUUCUCAUUUUUUGCUCUGAUCUCCUGACUUAUUGCUUUAGAGAUCGCAUGUGAGUUUCAAAAAUUGUAGUUUUUAAUGGAAAAGCAAUAUUUUUCCUGUAAACUCUAGUCGAUGAACACAAACUGUUCAAUUCAACAUAAUUAUUUAUGAGUGGAUUCGCAUAUGAGGAAUCUUAACCUCUUUUUAUCUUUGAACAAGAAUGAUGCAUUUGGUAUUACCUUUAAGCUCUUCUUAACCUGUUCUGUUACCUGUAAUUUUUCUCGUAACAAGUUUACUGGGUAGGAUUUACCUCACCUCCAGUCACAUAGGCUAUUCCACGUUCAUACUGUAAGUUUUGGUUUCUAAAAUAUUCUGAAACAUUUUACUGUACUUCUAACAGUUAGAAAAAUAAGUUUGUAUGUAAAAUAAUUGGAUUUAUGUAUUAUUGAACUGUGGAAAUUUCGUAAGAAUAAAUUUAUGACUUGUAAAUAA